UCGCUCCCUGAUAUGAAGACGCACAAUUUUAUCAUGGAGUCAUCUCUGGAAAAGCACGUGCAGGAGAAAGUUGAGACAGACAUCACCAGCGGCAAUCUUCAGGCUAUUCGAGACCUGUGCCAGUCAACCGAUCCCGAAAAGCAACCAAGCCUACUGGCCCACAUCGUCGCCCGGGCGGCAGGCAAAGCUCAGCUCGACAUAUUGGACUGGCUCUGCAGUGAGGGGUUUCAGAUCGCGCCAGGCUUCGUGAAUAAUGAGUUCUACCACCAAGCCUGCUACGCGCAGCCCCUUACCAUCUGGAAGACCCUCGUCGUCGGUGAUGGGCUGAGUCUAGCAGCCUACUACGGCAAUGUGGAGAUCGCGCGCUUCCUGCUAGAGAAAGGACAGGAUACCAACGAGGCUAUGGAGGCGCUGGAGUUGCUGGUGGAGCACGGGGCGGAUCUGGAAGAAGCCAGUGGGUUGUGGACGAACUGUGGGAUCGUGGAGGCAGAUCGAUGGAGCACAGUGUUGUAUCGCGCGACGUACAUGGGCCAGCGAGAGCCGGUGGUGCAUCUGCUGGGCAAGGGGGCAAAUGUUCACUUUAGAGAUAAGAUGGGGCGAUCGAUUCUGUGGGCUGCAAAGCAGGGAGGGAAAUGA